AUGGCGACCGCAGCGUCUAACCACUACAGCCUGCUCACCUCCAGCGCCUCCAUCGUGCACGCCGAGCCGCCGGGCGGCAUGCAGCAGGGCGCGGGGGGCUACCGCGAGGCGCAGAGCCUGGUGCAAGGCGACUACGGCGCGCUGCAGAGCAACGGGCACCCGCUCAGCCACGCUCACCAGUGGAUCACCGCGCUGUCCCACGGCGGCGGCGGCGGGGGCGGUGGCGGCGGCGGCGGGGGCGGGGGUGGCGGCGGGGGCGGCGGCGACGGCUCCCCGUGGUCCACCAGCCCCUUGGGCCAGCCGGACAUCAAGCCCUCGGUGGUGGUACAGCAGGGCGGCCGCGGCGACGAGCUGCACGGGCCGGGCGCCCUGCAGCAGCAGCAACAGCAGCAGCAGCAGCAGCAGCAGCAGCAACAGCAGCAGCAGCAGCAGCGGCCGCCGCAUCUGGUGCACCACGCCGCCAACCACCACCCGGGGCCCGGGGCAUGGCGGAGCGCGGCGGCUGCGGCGCACCUCCCGCCCUCCAUGGGAGCGUCCAACGGCGGCUUGCUCUACUCGCAGCCCAGCUUCACGGUGAACGGUAUGCUGGGCGCCGGCGGGCAGCCGGCCGGGCUGCACCACCACGGCCUGCGGGACGCGCACGACGAGCCGCACCACGCUGAUCACCACCCGCACCCGCACUCGCACCCGCACCAGCAGCCGCCGCCCCCGCCGCCCCCGCAGGGCCCGCCCGGCCACCCCGGCGCGCACCACGACCCGCACUCGGAUGAGGACACGCCGACCUCGGACGACCUGGAGCAGUUCGCCAAGCAGUUCAAGCAGCGGCGGAUCAAACUGGGAUUUACCCAAGCGGACGUGGGGCUGGCGCUGGGCACCCUGUACGGCAACGUGUUCUCGCAGACCACCAUCUGCAGGUUUGAGGCCUUGCAGCUGAGCUUCAAGAACAUGUGCAAGCUGAAGCCUUUGUUGAACAAGUGGUUGGAGGAGGCGGACUCGUCCUCGGGCAGCCCCACGAGCAUAGACAAGAUCGCAGCGCAGGGGCGCAAGAGGAAAAAGCGGACCUCCAUCGAGGUGAGCGUCAAGGGGGCUCUGGAGAGCCAUUUCCUCAAAUGCCCCAAGCCCUCGGCCCAGGAGAUCACCUCCCUCGCGGACAGCUUACAGCUGGAGAAGGAGGUGGUGAGAGUUUGGUUUUGUAACAGGAGACAGAAAGAGAAAAGGAUGACCCCUCCCGGAGGGACUCUGCCGGGCGCCGAGGAUGUGUACGGGGGGAGUAGGGACACGCCACCACACCACGGGGUACAGACACCCGUCCAGUGA